AUGGUUGUUGGAGUUGUUGCUAUGACGCAAAUAUUCACUAAUUCACAGUAUUGUCAAAUUCUUGAUGGUGAAUGGAUAUGGAUUGGAUAUUACUAUGCCUUGGCCUAUGAUCCUUCCGGUGUUAGCAUGUUUCAUGCAAAUGCUGUCAACAACAUUCGCAGUCCAUAUCAAGCUGGUCUCGGAACUGAAGUUUUCAUGACACCUUUGCUGCGCUCCGUGAAACAGGGAGACGGUCUUGAUUCAGGUCACCUCACCUGUUAACUGGGAACCAAGAACUCAAGAAAACAUCAACUUCCGCAAUGACAUCAUCAUGACAGUUAAUGUAGCCCAUAGUAAAUUUUCUCCCGGGCAGUCUCUCAACUCGCCAAAGUUAGUCCUAUGGUAUUGCCAUCGGUAUUUAUACAAACGCCUUGACU